CGAUUUGUGUCGUAAUUUUGGAUUACAAUUGAUAUUUUGAUGAUAUAAAUAGGAAUGAUUAGUCUAGUUCGACAUCAGUCACUUGAGCUGCCUGCAGUUGAAGACUUCACCUUCAUCCUUCAAAAUGAAACUGUUCGUAGUAGCCGUCUGCCUGAUCGCCGCCGCCGCGGCCGCGCCCGGGAGCCCCGCUGAGACCGCAGCCCGUCGGGCGCUCCCGGCGCUCCAGCAUGAGGAGAUCCAUGACGAGUUCGGGCAGUACGCGCUCCGCUACGUCACGGCCGAGGGCACGGUUGUGUCCGAGCGAGGCCGCCUGGUCCCUACUCCUGAUGGCAAGGCCUACGUGCUCAUCACCGAGGGCGAGACCUCCUUCAUCGGUGAUGAUGGAAAGACCUACGUGACCAAGUACAGCGCCGGUCUGGAUGGUACUCGCGUCGAGGGUGCUCAUCUCCCCAUCCCUGUUGAAGCUACCGCUUAAUAAAUUUGAUUGAUAUUGAAAAAAAA